UUCCGUCUACACACACGUAUACGGUAGCUAGCGCAAAGGACGGGGAACGAGAAUCGCAUUGUCUUGUUUUGUGUGCGCGAAUGUGUUUUUCUCCCUCGCCCUCCUUCUCCAGGAGCAUCGAAGAACACGGUACGGUUGUAAAAGGGUCGCCGCCGUUCUCUCACUCACUCUCCUCGCUCCGACUCGCUCCACCGCGUACGGAACGACCGUCAUCUCCGACUCGCAGAUCGUGUCCGCCCUUCCGCUCCGUCCACCCGGAUCGGCCGCCCCGGCAAUCGGCACGACUACCGGAGUGGCGGUCAUAAUAACGUUCGCACGCAAACACUCGUUUACGCGCGCGAUAUUCCAUUCUCUUGCGUGGCGCGCGCACGCGUGCGUCGGUACGUUGCGAGCGGCGGCGGCGGGCGGACGACCUUCGGCGGUUGUUUUUUCGUCUCUCCUUUUCUCCUCUUCCAUUUUAUCGUUAUCGUUCCGGGGAGAAAAAGGGGGAAAAAAGAGAUAAAUACCCGAGCGCGCGCCGCGACAACGCUCCGAACUACCCGACGGCACCGAUACCAUGAUAAUAAAAUAAAAAAAAAAAACUUCUUGUCCCUUAUCUCUGCGUACGACUAUAUUAUUUCUGUUUAUUAUUAUUACGCGACGGGUAUUAGUGGUUUUAUUAUUACUACUUUUAUUAUUAUCAUUAUCACUAUGAAUAUUAUUAUUAUUACUAUAACGCGCGUGUACGCACAGCGCACUUGAGGGCGACUCAACGUCUUCACCGCGUGUUCCACGGAGUUGGCUGUCCGCGUAGUUCUUCUGUUCGGUGACGCUGUAUAACCGCUGCCGUCUCUGCCGUCCGUCGCGUUUACUUCGGCUGCCGCACCACGCACCACUAGCUGGUUACGUUGCUCUCCUCACCUUCUCGGCCAGCCGACGAUGUCGUCGUCGUUGCCGCGUUGAUGUCCGCCGGGAGACGCCGUCACAACUGUUUUUCAAUAUUUAGAUAUGAAAAAAGAAAACAAAUAUAAAGCUUAAUAAUGGUCUCAUACUCAGAUAGUGUUGCAACUAAUUUAACGGCAGUUGCCAAUAAUAAUAUUCAACAAACAGAUCAAGCAGUAUUUGAAGCAGAUAAACGAGCUGUUUAUAAGCAUCCACUUUUUCCCUUACUCGCAUUACUUUUUGAAAGAUGUGAACAAGCUACACAAUCGGCAGUUAUCUCAAAUUCUGAAAGUUUUAAUAUGGACAUCCAAGCUUUUGUUCAACACCAAGAAAGAGAUAGGAAACCAUUUUUAAUUAAUGAUACAGAAAUAGAUGGACUGAUGAUUAAAGCUAUUCAAGUAUUACGGAUACAUUUAUUAGAACUAGAAAAAGUUCAAGAAUUGUGUAAAGAUUUUUGUAGCAGAUAUAUAACAUGUCUUAAAAUUAAAAUGCAAAGUGAAAAUUUAUUACGUUCUGAUUACACCUCUGGUUACUUAGAAAAUAAUAGUAGUGGUAACUCAAGUAAUAGUAAUUCUCCAUUGUGCCAUUCUCCACACCAUAGUCAGGUGGUAUCCUCUUCAGGAGUUUCUGUGCGGCAGCCUGGAGACGACGAUGUUAUAAAACCAAAAACAAUAAUGGAUUUAAAAAACAUUACCAGUCUUUUGUCAAAUAUACCUUCUUCCACAUCUGUAGAAAUGAAAGAAGUAUCUCAAAUAUCAGAUGUUUCUCAACUUGAUCUAACAGUCACCAAACCAGUAAUUCAAAAUUCUUUAGAAAAAACACCGUUAUCUGCAAUUGGUACAAACUUAUUACCGAAUAAUAUUUCUAUCUUACAUGGUUCCUUAUCAGCUACUAGUGGUGGAUCAUGUGAUGAAGAUGAUGAUUAUUUUGGAAGUAAAAAAAAAAGACAGCAAAAACGAGGAAUCCUUCCUAAACAUGCAACAAGUGUAAUGCGUUCCUGGCUUUUUCAACAUUUAAUUCAUCCAUAUCCUACCGAAGAUGAAAAAAAAAUUAUUGCUGCACAAACAAAUUUAACAUUGUUACAAGUAAAUAAUUGGUUCAUCAAUGCUCGUAGACGAAUUCUGCAACCUAUGCUUGAUGCUUCUACUCCUGAUAUUACUGGUGAACAAAACUUUACUCUUGCUAAAGAUAAGUCUGUAAUUGUUGAUAAUAACAAGUUUUCAUGGCCUGUUGACGAUAUAAUGCAAUCUCAAAAUGUUAAUGAAAAUUCAAAUGAAUCAAAUUUUGAUGAAAGCGAAGAAGAAGAUGAAGAAGAAGAAAUAAGUGACAUAUUUUCUCAACAUAGUGUAAAUGAAUCAGAUUAGUCAAUAUUCAUUCUAAUCAUAUUGUUUUUAAUUUAUAUUCAAAUGUAAUAACAACUCAAUUUUUAUUUUAUUCGUAGUUUAGCAUUCAUUGUAUGUGAUUAGUAAUAAAAUAUUGUAAUUCAAUUAAUAUUUUUAAAGUAAUGUGAGAUGAUUGACUUUUAAUUUAAAUUU